AUGGGCCGCGGGGCGAGGGAGACGGUGCUGGGCACCUUGGGGAAGGCAACGAUAUUGCAGAUCCCCCCCGAACUCCAGGACCUCACCCGGCGCUUUGGGGAGGCCGUGUGGAAGCGGGACACGGAGGACCCACAGAGGAAGCUCGUCCUGCUCAAGUACUUGGAUGGCAACUACACCAACUACAUGCAGGAACGGACUCGCUUCCACAAGUCGAGCUUCUCCCUGGAGAUCCUGAACACCAGCCGGCAGGAAAGGCAGCUCUACGAGUUCAUUGUCAGCAAGGGGCCAGAGGAGAAAGUCUGGCAGAUCCAGCUGGAGGUGUAUGAGCCAGUGUCCGAUCCCAGCAUCCAGAUCCUCGGCUGGGCGCUGGUCAACGACAGCUGCACCAUCACCCUCAACUGCACAGCGGAGCGAGGGGACAACGUCUCCUACAGCUGGGGCAGCUGGGACACCAGCACCUCGGGGCUCUGCUCCCACAACGGCAGCCUCCUGUACCUCUCCUACCCCCUGCAGAACACAAGCAUCGCCUGCGCCUGCACGGCCAGCAACCCCAUCAGCAGCCGGGUCGUCACCUUCAACUCCUCUGAGUGCAGCUAUGAGCAAAGGGGUAAGUUCCCAAGGACGGAGCAUCUCGUGCUGCUGGUGGUGGUGCCCAUUGUCGCAGUAAUUAUAAUCACUGGGGUCUUCACGGCUGCCCAUUUGGCCAUGCCCAUCGCCAAGCAGGAGCACUUGCCGCUCGCUGAGGACAGCGCGGUGCACACCAUCUACUCCCAAGUGCAGCGGGUGGAGAGCCCCGACAAGGAGCCCACGACGGUUUAUGCCAGCGUGAUGAUGCCCACGGCCUGA